CCGUCCCCUCGCAGCCGUCUUUCCCAAGUUCCAACUCGUGUCCUCACCUCGGAUCUCUCCAUCCCUUCGGUCCAAACCGCCGAUCACAAUCACAAGCACCAGCACCAGCGGCGGCGGCACAUUCCAUGGCGGCGCUGGGGUCGAAGCUGGCGCAGCUGCAGUCCAAGGCGUGCGAGGCGACGAGGAUGGUGGCCAAGCACGGAGGCUCGUACCACAAGACGCUCAUGGAGAAGAACAAGCACUACGUCGUCGACCCUCCCACCAUCGAGAAGUGCCGGGAGCUCUCCAAGCAGCUCUUCUACACCCGACUCGCCAGCCUUCCUGGUCGUUAUGAGUCAUUCUGGAAAGAGCUUGAUGGUGCGAAGCUCCUGUGGAAGAACAGAAGCAAUCUGAAGGUUGAGGAUGCUGGUGUUGCUGCGAUGUUUGGCAUCGAGUUGUAUGCGUGGUUCUGCCUAGGUGAGAUCGCCGGUAGAGGAUUUACUGUCACGGGCUACCAUGUCUGAAACCUGAAUGCCUGCCUUACCUCUAGGGCUCUAGCAUUAGCAAUCCACAUUUGCCGACGAAUAUUAUGGAAUCGGUGUAGGUGAUGCAACAUUUUGGUAUUCGGAACUAUAGUACUAUUGAAUCUUGAUGCUGUGGAACUAUAUUAAUCUCGGUGGACGAGAAAUGAUGAGCUAAUAAUUUACUGUA